GAGGCGGCGGCGGCGCCAUCUUGAGUGAGGGCAGCGCCUGAGGGGGGGGGGGGGAACUUUGACCGCGCUGCCGCCGGCGGGGAAUGCUGAGGGUGGCCCCCCGGGCCCUGCUGUGCUGCCCCCCGAGACCCUCGAGAGCCCCCCAGAGCUCCAGCACCGCGGGCAGCCCCCCGGCCAUGGCAGCGCCCCCAGCCCCGGCGGUGUCCCCGGAGCCCCCGGGGGGGCUGGUGGCGGUGGCACAGGUGACAUCCACGGCGGACAAGGAGCACAACUGGCGGCAGUGCUCGGCGCUGGUGCGGCGCGCGGCGGCCGCGGGGGCCCGCGCCGUGUUCCUGCCCGAGGGCUUCGACUUCAUCGGGGACGGUCCCCAGCACAGCCUGGCGCUGGCAGAGCCACUGCACGGGGACAUCGUGGGGCGCUACCGCCAGCUGGCCAGGGAAUGUGACGUGUGGCUCUCCCUCGGGGGCUUCCACGAGCGUGGCCAGGACUGGGACAGCACCGGCCGGAUCUACAACUGUCACCUGCUGCUGGACAACUCGGGCGCGCUGGUGGCCGCGUACCGCAAGCUGCACCUGUUUGACGCGGCGCUGCCGGGGGCGCCGGCGCUGUGCGAGAGCUCCUUCACCAACCCCGGCCGGGAGCUGCUGCCCCCCAUCGACACCCCCGUGGGCAAGCUGGGGCUGGCCGUGUGCUAUGACCUGCGUUUCCCAGAGCUGGCCCAGGCCCUGCGCGGGGCCGGUGCCCAAAUCCUGACCUUCCCCUCGGCCUUCACCGUCCCCACCGGAGCCGCGCACUGGGAGGUGCUGCUGCGUGCCCGUGCCAUCGAGUGCCAGUGCUACGUGGUGGCCGCGGCUCAGACCGGCCGGCACAACGCCAGCCGGGCGUCCUUCGGCCACUCGCUGGUGGCCGAUCCCUGGGGCACCGUGGUGGCCCAGUGCCACGAGGGGCCGGGGCUGUGCCUGGCCCAGAUCGACCUGGGCUACCUGGAGCAGGUGCGCAGGGACCUGCCCGUGCACGGCCACCGCCGCGGGGACAUCUACGGGGCCCUGCCGGGGACACCGGGGACACCGGGGACGUGACGGCGCCGGGCUGGGGCCAAAUCAGCUCGGCUUGCACCAGAAUGGAAUGGCACAACGUGUCCCCCUUUCUCUUUUUGGGAGCCCCAAAUCUGCCCUUUUUGUCCCCAAAAUGGAAUGGCACAACGUGUCCCCCUUUCUCUUCUUGGGAGCCCCAAAUCUGCCCUUUUGUCCUCAAAAUGGAAUGGCACAACGUGUCCCCCCUUUCUCUUUUUGGGAGUCCCAAAUCUGCAUCAAUUCAGCCCUAAUUCAGCCCCAAAUCUGCCCCUUUUGUCCCCAAAAUGAAAUGGCACCACGUGUCCUCCUUUUCUCUUUUUAGAGGUCCCAAAUGUGCUUGAAUUGAGCCCUAAAUCAGCCCCAAAUCUGCCCUUUUGUCCCCAAAAUGAAAUCUCACAAUGUGUCCUGCCUGCUCUCCUUUUGGGGUCCCCACUCUUUUUUGGGGUCCCGAUUCAGCCCCAAAUUUGCUCCAAAUCUGCAUCAAUUUAGCCCAAAAUUGACCCUGAAUCUGCCCCAGAUCUGCUCUAAUUUACACCAAAUGUGCUCCAAAUCGACCUUUUUGUCCCCAGUGUGAAACAGCACGACGUGUCCCCCUUCUUUUUUGGGGAGUCCCAAAUCUGCUCUGAAACUGCCCCAAAUCAACCCCAAAUGUGCUUUGAAUCAGCUCAGAAUGUGCCCCAAAAUCUGCCUCAAUUCAUUCCAAAAUCUGCCUCAAUUCAACCCCAAAUCUGCCCCAAUUCACCCCAAAUUUGCACUGAAUCAGCACUUUUGUCCCCAAAAGGGAUUUCUGCUUUUUGGGGGGGGUUCCCCCUUUUUUGGGGGCUUCUUGGGGGGAGAGAUUUCCUUCUAUUGAAAUUUGAAAAAUAUAAAAAUCCCAGGAAAUGACCCCA